AUGUUCAACGCUUUAAAUCGCUUUAUUUCCCGAUUAGAUUCGGACUCUCCCGCUCACCAGAAUCGGGACAACCAUGCCGCAUUUGGAUUUCAAGUUCUUAGGAAUAAGACCCCAGAACUGGCUGUUGAACCUUGGUUUGAUUUUAUUGUCGGAAUUAAUGGACGAAUGAUCGACGAUUCUGAUGCGAAUCUGUUUGCCCAAGAAGUGCGCAAUUGUGCGGGAAGUUCAGUAACUCUUGGUCUCUGGAGCGCAAAGGGCCAACGUACUCGAACUAUUCAUAUUCCCGUUCCUUCUGAUACUCCAUCCUUAGGCCUGACCCUUCAAUGGACAUCUCUCUCCACCGUUUCAAAUAUAUGGCAUAUCUUAGACGUACCUGCCAACUCUCCAGCCGACCUCGCGGGCCUCCUUCCUUACAGCGAUUACAUUCUCGGCACGCCUGAGGGGGUUUUACACGGAGAGAGUGGAUUGGGCGAAUUAGUCGAGGAUCACAUCGGACGACCAUUACGACUUUACAUCUACAAUAAUGAAUACAACGUUACAAGGGAAAUCACUAUCCACCCGAGUAGGGACUGGGGUGGAGAUGGAGCUCUAGGUUGUACUUUAGGAUAUGGAGCGUUACAUAGGUUGCCAGCUCCGCUGAGUGAGCCUGUUGCUGGACCAGGAGAAACAUUGUUUGAGGGAGAGAGCGCGAGAUUUUCAAAUGAGGAACCUCGGGAGAAGAUGGGAAGCGAAAGCAAUGCAGGUCAAAUCUUUGUGCCAGCUGCAGUGGCACAAGAGCCAGGUGAAUUUCUGGUGCCAGCGCAACUUGCGGCCCCAGUAACUACGACACCAGCAAGGAAGAAAGAGAAGAAACAUGGGCACAAUCCGAAUAACUUCAUGGACGACUAUUUCAUGGAGGGAGAGAAAAAGAGUAGAGAGUUAGAUCAUGCGCCGAGCACGAAAAGCGGUGGUGUGCCCCCACCUCCCAAAGCAGGAGGCCCUCCAAGGAGCGGGACACCCAAAGCCGCAAGCCCAGCGCCUAGUCCAAUAUUCACAGAGACGAAAGAUCCAUAUGAUAGUGGCGUUGAUUAA